UUGUAAUAGCAUUUGUUGUCUCAGCUACUUUUAAGGGUUCGACGACAAAUUUGUAUCAAAAUAUUGUAUGUUAACAUGCAAUAUCAAAUGAUAUGACAUGUGAUAUAUAAUUGAUACUUUCAUUCUUGCAACAGUCCUUUAAGUUCGAUCGGGGAAGUAUUGGGUUUUAUAAUAUAUGUUAUAUUGAAAGUAAGUAGAUUAUUAAUAUUGAUCUCUUUUAUACCGUGAAAGUCGUGAAAUAUAUUUAAAAGCUAUUUGAAGGCAACUAUUUUAUUAUUAUUAAUAGUCAGUUAAUGCAGUACAGCUAUAGAUCUUCAGAAACAAUUAUCUUAAUAAGAAUUUAUGAUCAAGACUCGAUAGAAUACUACUAAUCAUACUGCUGAGUCAAAAUUCAUUGCAAAAGAUAUCUCAAACGUGGUGGUCCAGUGUAGGUAGUAUUCUAUAAUAAGCUGUCGUGGUUUGUGUCUGAACUACCUCAUGAAAAAGAUAUCUCAAACGUGGUGGUUCAGUGUAGGUAGUAUUCUACAAUAAACUGUCGUGGUUUGUGUCUGAACUACCUGAAAAAUAUAUCUCAAACGUGGUGGUCCAGUGUAGACAGUAUUCUACAAUAAGCUGCCGUGGUUUGUGUCUGAACUACCUGAAAAAGAUAUCUCAAACGUGAUGGUCCAGUGUAGGUAGUAUUCUACAAUAAGCUGUCGUGGUUUGUGUCUGAACUACCUGAAAAAGAUAUCUGAAACGUGAUGGUCCAGUGUAGGUAGUAUUCUACAAUAAGCUGUCGUGGUUUGUGUCUGAACUACCUGAAAAAGAUAUCUCAAACGUGGUGGUCCAGUGUAGGUAGUAUUCUACAAUAAACUGUCGUGGUUUGUGUCUGAACUACCUGAAAAAGAUAUCUCAAACGUGGUGGUCCAGUGUAGAUAGUAUUCUACAAUAAACUGUCGUGGUUUGUGUCUGAACUACCUGAAAAAGAUAUCUCAAACAUGGUGGUCCAGUGUAGGUAGUAUUCUACAAUAAGCUGUCGUGGUUUGUGUCUGAACUACCUGAAAAAGAUAUCUCAAACAUGGUGGUCCAGUGUAGAUAGCAUUGAAAAAAGUUCUUGACAUUUUGAGCAGAAAGCUUUCAUCAGGAAUGUUGUAGGAUUUAUUUCAUGAGAUAUGAACUAUACAACAGCUUCCUUAUAUAUUUAUCUACCUUGUAGCUUUUUUAAAAGAAGACGAACAAUUAUGGCUCAGGGACAUGAAAAGCGUAAGGCGUAAGUUAAUGAACCUAUAAAAUUAUGUCAAGAAAACAGCAGUAUCUUUGAUAAACAACAAAUAAACAACACUCAUGAAAUGAACAACAUCAACAACAAUAGUUGCCACAAUUAUAGCUUAAAACCAAACAUCAAUGAGAAAUAUACUACAAGACAUGUUAAUUUGGCCAUGUAAAAAAUAAUUUCAUGGCUUAAUUGGCAUUUAUAGAGAUCUUAAAGUUGUCAUUCUUGGUGAUUCUUCAGUUGGCAAAACGACAUUGAUUCACAGAUAUAUGGAGGGGGUGUUUACAAACAAAGCUUCGGUAAGUAUCUCAAUUCUUAAACUAAACUAACUUUAUUUAUACUGGAUAGCUCUAUCAGUUCUAAACUGUUCUUCUUGGAGAUCCGGUAAGGAUCAUCUCUUAUUGAUCCAGUGUUACUACAGGAGGAAACCUAAACUAAACUGACUUUAUUUAUACUGGAUAGCUCUAUCAGUUCUAAACUGUUAGUCUAAUAAGAGUCAUUUUGUAUUGAUCCAGUGAACAUUAAUUACUACGGGUGGGAACAUAUGUUCAUGACAUUGUAUUGUGUGAUAUAGUGAAGCAUCUUUACCUCUUUCCUUGCUGUAGACUAUUGGGGCUUCAUUUAUCCUAAAGCAAUGGGGUCCUUAUAAUGUUGCCAUAUGGGUGAGUAUAUCUCAAGCAGACUGUAGGUAUAGUAUUCUACAAUAAGCUGUCGUGGUUUGUGUCUGAACUACCUGAAAAAUAUAUCUCAAAUGUGGUGUGCUGGUGUAGGUAGUAUUCUAUGAUAAGCUAUCGUGGUUUGUGUCUGAACUACCUGAAAAAGAUAAAUCAAAUGUGGUGGUCCAGUAGUGUAGGUAGUAUUCUAUGAUAAACUGCCGUGAUUUGUGUCUGAACUACCUGAAAAAGAUAUCUCAAACGUGGUGGUCCAGUGUAGGUAGUAUUCUAUGAUAAGCUGUCUUGAUUUGUGUCUGAACUACCUGAAAAAGAUAUCUCAAAUGUGGUGGUCCAGUGUAGGUAGUAUUCUAUGAUAAGCUGUCUUGAUUUGUGUCUGAACUACCUGAAAAAGAUAUCUCAAACGUGGUGUGCUGGUGUAGGUAGUAUUCUAUGAUAAGCUACCUAAAAACCAUGAAGAACAUUCAUUGGAUGUUUAGCAACAGCUUUUAACCUCCUAACAAAGGGAUUAGGGAAGUUAAAAAAUUCCAGUUACAACACAAACCACAGUGACUUACUAUAUAGUAGGGUAUUAUUAAAUUUUUUAUAUUAAAUAAUGUUUUUCAAAGUUUAUAUUAUAAAUAACUCUUUUGAUUUCUAAUUUAGGACACUGCGGGUGAGGAAAAAUAUGCAGGACUUUCUUCAUUUUACUGUCGAGGUGCUUCGGCUGCAAUUUUAGCAUACGACUUAACAAGACAUGACUCUUUAAACAUUUUAAAAGAACGACAUAUUCCCCUUUUACAAAGUGCUGAAGAAGACUGCCUUUGCGUUGUGGUCGGUACAAAACUAGACCUUGUUAACGAUACCACUCGACAAAUUUCGACAGACAUGGGCAAAGCCUUAGCCAAAAGUCAAAAUAAGGUUAGAUAUGCUGACUCGGCAAAUGUGGUUCCGUAUUUUGAAACAAGUUCAAAGACUGGAAAGAAUGUUGAAGACGUUUUUAGCUUUAUCCUAAAUACAUGUUUGCCAUUGGAGAAUGACUGUAAGGACAAAAUGACAAGGAAGCUAAGUAGUGGUGGUUGUGUCGAUCUACAUCAACCGAAAAAUUGUCACGAGAAGCGAAAAUGCUGCUAGGAAUGUAAUAUAGUGUUGUAGAGCAAAUAAUAUUUUAGGUGAUUCAAUUUUAUACUAAUUGUAAUGUGAGCUGUAAACAUUUUUUAUUUUUGGGCUACACCAAGAUAGGGCUAGCUCAUGACGAGUAAAAUUUCCUUUAACAGUUUUAAAAUUUUUUGUAAAUUUCUUUUUUGUAUUUAGC